GACUGACGGCCUCUGUCAUUUUGCCCAGCCCCUUUCACGCGGGAAGGCCCACCCUUUCCUUUGGGACUGAAAGCCGGUUCCUGCGAUUGAGCGGCCAUUAUUGCUGCUGCCUGGCAAGAUGAAGAUCUGGAGCUCUCAACACGAGUUUGGGCAUCCAUGGGAUACCGUAAUAAAAGCUGCUAUGAGAAAAUAUCCCAAUCCUAUGAAUCCAUCUGUGGUAGGAGUUGAUGUCCUGGACCGAAGCCUUGAUAAUCAAGGAAGGUUGCACAGUCACCGACUACUUAGCACUGAAUGGGGCCUCCCAAGUAUUGUGAAAGCGAUUCUGGGAACAAGUAGAACAGUUACAUACAUUAAAGAACAUUCUGUGGUUGAUCCAGUAGAAAAGAAAAUGAUACUGAGUUCCACAAACAUAACGCUUACAAAUCUUGUAUCAGUUGAUGAACGCUUGGUCUACACACCUCAUCCUGAAAACCCUGACAAAACUCUGCUAACUCAAGAAGCAAUUAUUACAGUAAAAGGUGUCAGCCUCAGUAGUUACUUGGAAAGUUUAAUGGCAAGCACAAUCUCUUCUAAUGCUAGAAAGGGGUGGGAUGCUAUUGAGUGGACAAUUCAACAUUCUGAAAGUGUUCUAAGCUAGCAGUAUCUUUCUACAGCUGCAUUUUGUACUAACUAGUGGUAAUACCAGCAUUUACCUUGGUACAGCAUUUCAGCUUCUAGCAAAUCUUUGCAUGUUAUGUUAUUUUAAAAGUUGCAUGCCAUAUAUAUAUACACACACACACACAGACACACACCCCUAUUACAUAUAGAGGAACAGCUCCCAUAUUAAUUAAUAUUGGAAUUGGCAGGGAUAUAGUGGUGUCUGAAUGUUUUGACACAGGAAAGUCAAGAGGCUCUUACCAUAAUCCUGAAUGAUUAAUAAUGUUCACCUUCUGUUCUUUGUGCUUUGAGUGAGCAGAAUGCUAUUUGAACAGAACUGGAGGGCCUUGUUUUUUUGUGGAGGCCUGCCUUUCCUUGGGGGCAACUGAGUAGGAGCCAUUACACUGACAAGUAGGAAGCUUAGUCUCUUCUGUGCUUUGGAUGUUCCUACUGCUUCUUGCUAGGAGGGAACUUGACAGAUAUGUGGUUGAUAAGAGUCCCAUGAUGGAUGAAGCAAACUUUCAAGGUGGUGAUAUCACACCAUAUGUCUAGUGUUUCUCGACAUUACAACAGAAAAUAUUGGAGUUUAAGCAGCUACCUCUUACAUCUAGGAAUGGCUUUGUAUAGAUAUUAUGCCUACCUUAUAGAUCUCCAGGUGGUUUAAAAUUUAGGCAAGGCAUACUCAUGUAAAAACAUUUGGUUGCAUACAAAUACUACAGCAAACCAUAGGUUGUUACAAGCAUGAGCUGCAUUGACCUCCUGGAUCAUAAAUAUGUUUCUUUCCUUUCAUUCUCUGUAUGUGAUGGAAAAUCAGAAAGUUCUUGUUGAGAUUUGCAAUAAUUUGCCAUUUACCACUUUGUCCAAUUCAUGGUUUGAGGACAGAUGGUACUUCGAGCAAACUAAUUUGUUGGUUUCAUCAAAAAAUGGCAAAUUGCAACUAGUUAUAAAUUUGAAGUUGAAACUGAUCUACUCCCCACACCUGUCAGUCAGAGUAGAAGUAGAGUAUAUGAACUUCACUGUAUCUUAUGCUCCUUAACAACAAAUAAGGACUUGCUACAUUUUAAUCAGGCCCAUUUAAACUCCUACAAAUGUAUGCAGUAAUAGAAACACUCCUAAUUUACUGUAAUUGAAAUGCAUUUUCAGAAGAAUUUUUAGCAUCAGAUUAACUGCUGUUUAUCUGUUUGAAUUACAACUUAGAUAUCUAUCUUUUUUAGAACUCCUUGAGCCUGAGAAUAGAUGGUAUUCUCACCAAUCUUAAAUAUACUAUUUUGACUAGUAAUUCUGUCCUUGAAACACUCAUUAAAUUGGAGAAUUCAAACACUAUCAUAGUGUUGCUGUAUUUAAAUACUCUCAAUUUUGAAGUGUGUGUAUAUAUUAUAAGACACAGGUAAACUUGCAUUGUAUGCUUUCAGUCUUAUCAUUCAGGCCGUGAAACGUUUCCAAGUUGUAAAACUUUGUGCUCUCAAUGGUUCUUAAAGCAGUAAUCACUGAUAUAAUGUUCAAUUUAUAAUUCAUUCUGUAUGCCCUGUGGACUACUGCCAUAUUCAUAAACACAUUAGAAAUGCAUGUUUGGUUGCAAAUAUGCUUGCUUGAAGUCAUACAAAGCUUGAAGUCAAAACAAAGAUGAUGUUGUAAGGUACAUCACAUUCUGUAAACCAGUCCUCUGUCAGAUUAUUUUUACCAAACAGACUCAUGUCAUUUAGAACUAGAGAGAAUCUCCGAUUUUAGUAUAAAAUUACUGAUCUUUGCCAGGAAUGCUGGCAAGCAUCAGGAAUCCACAAAAUUGUGUUGAGUACUGCAACUACUUUACAGCUAGUGUGGUUUUAAUUUGGAUUCACCUGCUAGAAUAUGCUUAGACCAAUAUUAAUUACAUAGACAUUGUUGCAGAAAACUUUGCCCAUUAUAGUUUUUGAGUGGCAUUAACGUCACAUAGAUCCAGAGACUGGGAUACUUUGGGGGAAAGCCGUGGCAGAAAUAUUGUUAGGAGCCCACUGUAAUGUAGGUAAACUCUACAUUAGGUUUUUUGUUCUGUUUCCCUCAUUUUUCCCCAUAUUGAACCGAAGCUUCCAGCAAGAAGGCUUUUUUUUUUUUUUGCAUUUUAGAAACAUGUGCAAUUGAUAAUAAUCUCUCAGUCCAAAGAAUUAUUUGACUAGAUCUAGACAGUAAGUGUAUUCCCAUCACUCUCUCUGUAUUUUUAAUUACCUUUAAUCCUAUUAAAGCCAACACCUCCAAUGCAAUGUAUAUGUAGAUAAAGUAGUGAUAAUGUAGCAAGGCUGGAGAUAAUGCUUUUAAUUAAGCUCUUUAUAUUCUGCAAAGGGCAAUCAAAAUACCAUGCUUAGAUUUGAUAUACACAUUUGCACACAUGCUUGUUUUGCACUGUGUAUUGUAAC